CCAAUCCAGCUAAGUUAGUUUAGUUUAAACUGCACACGUGAGUGGAAGUGUUUGUGGUUGAUGCAGGCUUAUUUCGAAUUCACAGUGGAUGAAGAUGCAAUGCUGACGGUAGAGUGCAACCGAGCGCGUCACUGAAUACGAACCGUCAGCGUUAUCCAAUAGUGCAGUGGAGGAAUUUUUCGCUAGAAGACGACAGUUGAGAAGAAAGUGCUGAUAAUACACUGUGUUUUGAUUUGAGUUCGAAAAGUUAUUGGAAACAGAGUGGACGAGCGGCGGCAACCUUAUCAGUUGAAGUCGCGUUCCAGGGCUUGGGGAUUUGAAUGUAAAACUCCGCUUGUGCUGGCUAUUUUUGGAUUUCAUGUACGUGCAAUUAAUGGCGAGUUUAUGAGACGGAAUGUGAGUGGUAUAAUUUAAGUCAUGCACAAGUAUCCGAUAAGUGAGACCAACCGAGUCAAACAGUGAUCGCUUAUGGUAUGUAAAUUGUGCAGAACUAUAGCGAAACAAAUCAGAUAAAAACGAAAAGUUUGGCUAUCUAAAGGCGAGCGAGAUUAAUGUGCUGGAUAUAAUCGGCUGGCUGUGGUGAAGUGAGCAAGCGAAAAAGUUGCAAUCGAGGUACGUUUUUUUGUCAAAGUGUAAUCACAGCGUGAAUUGCAUGCUUCAGAUUGAGCAAAAGCCAAUCACAGCUGCAACCGAGCGGAGAGGGAAACGUGCUUUUUGUGUGUUGUUUUGUUUCGCUUGGGUGUCCGAAACUGAAACGCGUUGAAUGCAGCCGUCAUAAAAAUGAUUUAAUGAACAAAUUGUUUCGCUGAUUACUCCCGGAGCAACGUGCAGCAGCAGCAGCCUAGCGAAGCAUCGCCGAAUUAAGAUAACCCCUCUCGGAUUAAGUACACAAACAAUCAGCGGACAGUGAGCCGUGACCGGGUGACUUUAUCGUUCGCCCCCUUGAAGUUCUUCGCGUGAAGCUUGAAGUGUUAAUUGAUACAGCCUACGAAGAUGUUGAAACACGUGCAGAUCUCGCCGAUGCGCAGCCGAUCCGAUUCGCUGUCGAUGCGUUCGUCGACCUCUUGUGCGUCGUCCCUGUGCGGAAGUCCUGAACCACCCGGUGAGCAACUACGCAGCCAUUCGCGGGCGUCCAGCUAUUCCAGCCUGAACGAAACCAUUCCACAGACUACUAUUAAAAUUUAUACGGCCUGUCUGCGCCAGGACAUUGAAUACAAAACGCUAGGAAUCUCGUACGACGCAACCAGCAAAAGUGUCGUCCAGCAACUGCUAAGACGAUGCAAGUUGCGACACCGGGAUCCUCGGUUGUUUUAUCUUACGAUGGAAGUUACAAUUCGGCGUCCGGGUGCCAAAUCGGUUCUGGAACUGGACGAUGAAGCUCGGCCUGCGUUGCUGCAGGCUUGCCAUCCGAAGGGAGACUCCAGAUUUUGCCUGCAGCAAAAACCUGGUGGUCUGAUUCGGGUGCACACAUCGGCCCUGCAGCCCAACUCGCAGUACAAGUCGCUGCUAAUCUCGGAGGAAACCACCUCUGAUGAGCUACUGGCCCUGCUACUGUCCUGCUACAGCUCGCACGAACCGGUCGAACAGUUCAGCCUGUACGAAGUAUGCCCCGGCCAGGAAUACCAACGCAAACUCCACCCGGAUGAUCUACCGCUGAAAACGCAACUCCAACGCCAGCAGAAGAACGAAAUAAUGCAUUUCUUAGUACGACGCAACCCCAACUAUCCCCGGCGACGACAAAUGCUAGCGCCGAUCUCGGAAUCGAAACAGUUCAUCAUCAAUCCCGGACUGACUCAACACCGAUUGUCAUUACAUUCGUCGACCUUUCCGCUGAGUGCCGUCACGACACCCACAAACACCCUCAUCUCGGACAUCGUCGAUGGGGUUUCUUCACUGAACAACCUGAAGGAGUCCUGUUUCUCUUCCUCCUCCUCAUCAUCGUCAUCCUGCUCAUCAACCUCCUCCUCGUCAUCAUCAUCGUCCGUCUCCAGCUGUUCAUCGUCCUCCUCCAGUCGAAGUGACAGCGAAAAAGAGGACAACAACAACGACGAACGAAGUAUCUGCCAGCAGUGCGAACCAACCGGUGCAAAACUGUGCGGUCAUUUCGAGCCAAGAGACGAAUCCGGCGGACAACCUCCAGCGAUAAAGGCGAAAAAUCUGGAUCGCUUCCCGCUGGCACCACCACCCCGUCCCUCCAAAGCCUCUCUGCUGCCAUCGCUGCUGGCCGCACCCAAUGUACCCGCUUACAACCCGGUUUACAACAUCCGGGAAAUUCGAACAGUGUGUCAUUCCUUCUCCUCCCUCGGUAUCGAUAAAAAGCUAGUCGAUAUCGAGCGGUUAAGCGAAACGAACAACCACAACUCAUACAACUGCAAUAUCCCGAGAACCAAUAUCGUUAAGGAAACCGUUAAUACAAAUCCUCUAAAGGGAGUGGGAAAUUUCAUUUACAUUUGAGGCAACAGGUGUGCAAACCGUAGAGGAUUCACGAAAGUCAAACGAAAACUUUCUCCUGAAAGUUCAACAGUACGACAUCGAGAACGAAUACAACACCGAUCAAUGUACGUGCACUAUUUUCGCACGAAUGAAAUAGAGAAUGUAAAAAAAAUCUAUAUCGAUGAGCGAAACCCAACGCAGGGCAAAAAUAAAAACGAAACGCACACCUGUCGGAAUAUAUAUUGUUUCAUCCUAGUCAAAGUUAUUAAUGUUAUUAUAUCGAUUUUAUUUGAUGUUUUUGAUGCUGCUGCAAUCGUAUUUUUUGUAUGUAUUUUGCUUCACCUACCCUGCGUAACUAAGCUAGCACAGAGAAGUUAUACCGAAGAGGGUAAUCAAGGAAAACGUAAUUCAAGCCAAAUCUACGAAACUCAUUAAACAUACGAUGUAACUCUUCCUCAAAACGACAUGUGUAUUUCAUAGGGCAGUAAUUACACGAGACAGCCGUGUAGCCGUAUUGUGUACAGUAUAUAUUAAGCUAAUCAUACAUUGUUUGUUUUAUUUUUUGGAACGAAGUGCUGCAUGCCAAAGAAAUGACUAAGAGUUAAGACCGCUAAUCAAAAAGUUCUAUUAUAAGUAAGUUUAUUCAAUGACAAAAACACACUCAAGCAUAGGAACCAAAUAUAUAGGUACACACUAAAAAUAGUCCAUUUUAAAAAUAAAAAUCAAUAAAGCCAAACUAUUUGUAAACAUUUGAUUUAAUUGCAUUUUCAUUAGAGAAAUUAUUACCAACACCGUAUCUUAGUGCUCUGUAACGACAAUUGAAAACAUUCAGGAUGGGACGUUUUCUAUUAUAGCGUGCAAAGGGAACUCGUAGUGUGAACCCUACUUACAUCGUACUACGUCCAUUCACUUGUACUAGCGUAUACAGUAACCAUUAAGGUCAAGUUCGAAGCGUCGUCCUCAGCUGCAGGCGGUUCAAGUUUCUAAUAAAGAAGCCAAAAGCCAGCAAAAACUUAUUGAGUGAAAAUGAAAA